CACGUGAUCACAUCUUUGGCUGCUGUCAGGGCUUAGUGUUCCAGGAUCAUGGCAACUUAUACCAAGGCGUGUGUGGUCGGUGUGAAGGGGAGCAAGGAGAGGCAUGGGGUGGCAGCUGCAUCUCUACAGGAGCUCCUGGAGAAAGCUUGUAAGAUUCUUGGCUUGGAUUCCACAAAGACACCCAUCACCCUUGUCCUGGAGGAAGAUGGCACCAUUGUUGAGGAUGAGGAUUACUUUCUCUGUUUACCCCCCAACACUAAGUUUGUCCUCUUGACUGAUAACAAAAAGUGGGCAUCGACUGUAGUAGAUGGGGGCACCGCCUGGUUGGCGCAGGAGUCAAUUGAUGGAGAAGACGUCACGGACCUGCAUGCUUCAGACGUUCCCAAAUGGAAAACGCUGUCUUUUCAGUUAAAAGAAAACUUGUCCAACAUCAUUCUGAUGUCAGAGUCCGACCUUCAGACGCUGAUCGAAGUUCCUGCCGAGGAGCUCGCCGGGGAGGUGGCGGUCACUUUGGAGAAGGUUCAAGCUCUCCAGGAGACCCUACAGAGCGUGUUGGACAGAAGAGAGGAGGAACGUCAGUCUGCGCAACUUCUAAAGCUGUUUCUGGAGGCCACGAAGAAAGAAGAAAUUCAAGAUCCUCCGAACCUUGACCAAGUAGACUCUGGAAAUAAUCAAGAAGUCUUCAGCUGUAAUUCUCUGCUCUCCGGCCGGAUAAUAAGGACGUUAAAGGAAAAGCAGAUGCCGCAACUUAGUUUAUCAAACAGUGAGCUAGAGGCUGUUGCGAGCGAGGAUGCGAGCGCCUUGUCCGUGACAUUAAACUGGAACGCGCAGAAGGCUGCAGAGCUGCAGAAUGACUGCCUGCUGGAACUGCGGCGACGCAACGAACAAGUGCAGUGUCUGAACGCGCUAACAAGCGUGUCGCAGAAAAAGAAAAACCUGCCCUAAAGGCUUCGGGGAAAAAGAGAUUGUCAAAGGAGUGUCGGUGUAUUCAGAUACUGAGCUCUACGCACACAGGUGCAGCCCGGAGCGGCCCCGCACACGCGUGACGCAUGUGAGACUUUACUGGUUAAACCGCAUGUCUGAGCCAAAA